UGUAACUCGACCGAGUCAGGAAAGGGAAACACAGAAACAUACUUGGGGAGAGAAGAUUCACGACGAGGAUGGCCGGAAAGGUUGCGCAACCGCUGGUGCCUCCAGCCACCGGGCUGACUGUAGGAGAGGAAUCCACACUGUCGGCGUCGUUGGUGAACUCCUUCAGAGUAAUAGCUGUAGUCGAUAGAUUGGCCUUGCAUCUGCAACCUGGCCGAGAAAAUAACUCCAGCGAGUUCUUCGGCCUCUGCCUCUCCCUCGCUCGAGGCAUUGAUUAUGCUGUGGCGAACAAUGAGUUACCCUCCAAAGUUCAAGAUCUACCUUUGCUGCUGAAACAGGUAUGCAGGCGCAAGAAUGAUCCCUUACUGGAGGCAGCUAUCAUGGUGCUGAUGAUUUCAGUCAAGAAUGCUUGUAAAGUUGGGUGGUUUUCAGAUCGAGAGACCCAAGAGCUCAUUUCUCUGUCCAGUGAGAUUGGGAACAGCUUUCGUAGUUUUGGAGAUACACUGGAUGCCUCUGGUAGUCCUCACUCCACUGUCUCUACAGUUUUAUCCAGGUACUAUCCUAAGAUGAAAAUGGGAGAUAUUCUUGUUUCCCUUGAAGUGAAGCCUGGUUUUGGGGCAUAUGUUCAGGAUUUUCAUAUCUCAAAGAAGUCAAACCAUUCCCCCCAUGAAAAAAUACGACUGUUUGUGGCCCAGACAGAUGGCAUGGACACAUCGGCUUGUAUUAUAAGUCCACAACAAGUGAACUUUCUAUUGAAUGGAAAAGGAGUCGAUAGAAGAACCAACAUUCAACUGGAUACUGGGCCACAGCUGCCAACUAAUGUGACUGGAAUGCUAAAAUAUGGAACAAAUCUUCUCCAAGCUGUUGGCACCUUCCAUGGAAAUUAUGUAAUAAUUGUCGCCUUUAUGAGUACUGUGCAAUUACCUGAUCCGCCAGUGCUGCUAGAUUAUGUCCAGUCGAGUUCUACUCUGUCAGAUCCAGACUCUGACAUAAUCGAGGGGCCUUCACGGAUUUCACUUAACUGCCCCAUAAGCUUUUCAAGAAUCAAGACUCCAAUCAAAGGGAGUUCAUGUAAACAUCUUCAGUGUUUCGAUUUUGGAAACUACGUUGAGAUAAAUUCAAAGCGACCAUCUUGGCGCUGCCCACACUGUAAUCAGAAUGUCUCUUACGCCGAUAUUCGCGUCGAUCAGAACAUAUUUAAGGCAAGUAACUUUGUGCCUAAUUCUCCUGUGUUUAUCUUAUCAACAUUCAAAUUUGAACUUUCCAAUCAUGCCAUUUCCAGGUAUUAAAAGAAGUGGGGGAGAAUAUCACUCAUGUGAACAUAUCAGCCGAUGGAUCUUGGAAGGCUGUCAUGGAAACUGAUGAUAACGGACCUCAGGCACCUCCAAGACAGAGAGAAACUCCUGAGCAGCCAGAAUCCUCCAAUGCGGAGUCACCUGCCACUCCCAUGAUUCUGGAUCUUACUGAAGGCGAUGAUCUAAUGGACGAGUUAUUAAGCAAUUGUGACACUGAAGAGCAUAAACCUUCUCCGGCUUCUUUUCUUGGUCAAACUCUGCCACAUUUGGACGAUCACUCUACUUCUCAAAUGGGAGAUUGGGCCAAUGCGUUUUUCCCUGCCACUACCAUAACUUCCCCUGUGAUAAUGGAUACAUCUUCCACUGUGCUUAAUAUGGAUUCCAGUGCUCAGCUUGCUCCUCUAGCAACCGAGAAUAACACCGGGAUGAGAUAUGUUGGGGUACCUGCUAACAGAGUCCCAACAGCAAUUCAGGCCCUCCCAGCUACAUUUAUGCAGCAUCAAACACCGAGAAUGAAUAAUAGUAUAAACAACGUGAACUCCACGGGCGGGUUGUCAUCUGUCAAUUCUAGUUUGCCUCCAUCAGCAUCUGCAAGUGGUUAUACUAAUGACAUGUUCCAGCGGUUCUCUAGAUCCCAGACUGCUCUUCCUCACGUUUCUGGGCUUGCUUCAGCUAUGCUUCGUCAAACUCCAUUGCAGAACGUGAACCAUCAAGCAAGGUACGUCAACAGUCCAAGUCCUCGUCCAGCUGCUGGUUUAACCUCUGGUUCGCUCCCAGGUGGUCAGAGAGUAUCAUCCUCACCCACGUCUCUUCCCCGUCCAGCUGCUGGUUUAACCUCUGGUUCAAUCCCAGGUGCUCAAAGAGUAUCAUCAUCACCCACACCUCUUCGGAUGCCUUCACCCGCAAGUCAUCCCACGAUUGUCCGGACUCCAUCUCCUUUAUCACGAGCUUCAACUUUCCAAGCGGCUCAAGCCAGCAGCUCUGUUCCACGACCACAAGCCAGGCCGGUGUUGGCGGGUUCCCAGCAGCAAGCAGCAGCAUCACCCCAUAUGAUACCUACUAGACAGCCUCCAGUGGUCCCGGUUCAAAUGCAAUCAGCCCGAGCUCCACAUGUAGCACAUUCUCAAACAGCUACUCCUACAACAUCCUCACCUACUGUCCCAUCAACCGAACAGAGCUGGCGGCCAAGUGGCAAAAUGCGUGGAAGUCUGCAAGGUCGGAACAUGGACGAAAUUAUGAGCUUGCUUCAGACCACCCAACAGACACCACCUGGAGGAACACCGUCGAGUUCUAUGCUGUCUGAGGCCACCAUAGCACCUCACCUUCGUGGUCUAUUCGAGAAUAGCCCAAGAUAAGCUAAGAUAUUUAAUGUACAGAGAGCAUCGGCUGUUCUUUUCGUGAGCUCCAAAGUCCUUGUAAAGUUCCACAGCCAAGCAGUUGACUCGUUACGUUGUUCUCUUAACUUAAGUUUGAUUUGGAAGAUUUUAGUAGUAUGUUUAUCGUUGUCGACUCGUUAUGCUAAUCUCUAGCUCCAGUUUGAUAUAUAUAUAUAUAUAUAUAU